AUGCCGGCUAAGAAGAAGACGCCCAGAGGCAUAUUUGCCCUGUUCCCAGAUACCAAAGCCGGCAAGGUGGCUCUCAGUGCCAAGAAGAGCACUCACGACUUCUCAGUCCGGGAGAAACCAUUAUGGCAGAAUCAACGCAAUUUCGGGCGAUCAAUCCCAGUAAAGCUGCCUUGCCGGAACACCGACUUGACGCUCAUCAGCUUCGGCCGUCGAGGUACUUGGAAGAUCAAAGACGACAAAGUUGCGGACAUCCAGUGUUCCUUUGAGAUGCACAGGCUGACUGGCGAGAUACUGUUGUACGAUCGUUCUCCUGACGCCUCGACUGUGCUCUUGGGGGAAAAAUCCACGGCCUUCUGGGGGUCUCCUCGCCGUGUCGUUGUCAACGACAAGAUCAACCUCCAAUUCGGAUUUCCUGGUAGUGGUGUUGGUGGAUUCCAGUGGACAAUCACUUGGGCAAAAAAUCCCCCCUUUCCGCUCAUCAACGGCCCCCGUGGCCCAUGUGGCAUGUUACCUCGCACCAUCUGGGAGCUUCCCGCAGACCGUUCUCGUUCUACUACGCUCCAUACAAAAGGCAUUUCCCAAGCGAUGAGGGUCCUGCCAAGACGACUGAUCGCCACAGGGCUGUCGAGUGACGUCUUCGAGGCCAUCGAUAUAGACUCUGGCGGAUACGUUGCCGUCAAGUACUUUCGCCUCCCACUGACGACCUGGGAUCUUCGUCCUGAAUUGGUCCGAAUCACGAAGGAAAUUGCCAGGCAGUCCCAUCCUCACAUAGUUGAAUUCAUCGGGGCCCAGCAAAUCCCCCAAACCCCCGAAACCCCUCAAACCCUCAAAAUCAUCACGAGCCUCAAACAAGGUAACAUCACAGACCUCAAAGAGUACUUCCGCGAAGACCUCUCUCGCAUUAACACUCUUCUACACCACAUGCUACAGGCGUUGGAUUACCUGGCUGUCGAAGGGAUUACUUACUGCAAUGUGUGUCCAAAAAAUAUCCUGUACACAGAGCGUCCCGAUGGUUCGUACAACUACCAACUUAACAAUUCCAGUUUUGCUUGUAUCGACAGAACCAAUCGACUUCACCCCCCCAACUGCUGGUUUGUCGCUCCCGAGUUGAGGGGUGACCUGAGUAGGGACCACACCCUCAAAGCAGCCGUGUGGUCUCUAUUUACGACAAUUGUUUUCACGCUCGACCUCGGCCGCAUUCAGGGCAGUUGUGCAAAAGGGUCCCCAAUCUCCAUCCCUGAUGCAACCUACCACGCCGCUAAAUUCUUUUCUGAUCCCAUCAAGGCAAUGGCGGAGCCGUCACCCGACGCUCGCCCAACGGCCGGCGAGUUGCUGGACCAGGUCUUCGGAGGCGAGGGCCGCGCGAUGCCACCACAUCACAAAACUCUGGUCUAA